GGGAACUGGACAGGAUCGAGCUGAGGGGACCGGGGCAGUCUGAGGAACCGGGCAGGAUCGAGCUGAGGGGACCGGGGCGGUCUGAGGGAACCGGGCAGGACCGAGCUGAGGGGACCGGGGCGGUCUGAGGGAACCGGGCAGGACCGAGCUGAGUGGACGCGAGCUGUAGGACGGGUGGGAGCGAACGGAGGGAGCUAGAGGGACGGGCGGGAUCGAGCUGAGGGGACUGGAACCGGAGCUGAAGGACAGCGGGGACGAGCUGAGGGAACCGGGCGGCUGAGGGAAGCAGGCGGCCCUGAGGAGCGGGCUGAGGGGGACCUCGACCAGUGCAAGCCCUGAGGGAGCCCAGGCUUGUGUGGCUGGGCGAGCACAGAGGGCGGAUUCCCUUCAAGUGAGGGAUGCAGUUGUGUGAACCUCCAUGGUCUUUCACGUCAUCUUCCAGAAGAAAUUCCAGUAAUCACCAAUAUUGUCCGUCACAUUUACAGAGGGGAAGAUAAAGGCACUGACAGAUGAAGUCUAGUCCAAGAUGAAACAGAAAAGCAAUGGAAGAAAUUAUGAAAACACCUUGGAUCAAAGGAGAAGGCCACCAUAUCAAUCAUUUGUCAUCAAAAUGCAUUUGAUUUGGUGGGAGCCCUUGCACUGAGAUGAUGCUCAGGGUUGUCUCAGCCUCCAGAGCAGCUCCUGCAGGGUUCAGAGGAUAAUGGUGGUCAGAGAUGGAAAGACCCAACAGGCUGAGCUCCUGCAAGCUAAAUUACACCUUUAUUCUUCACUUGCUUUCCUGGCAGCAGGAUCUGCACGCAAGGCUCCUUCCUCUCCACUGCUUUCACCCACGAGUCUGAUUGAAGUAUUUUUCUACUCUUUCCCCGGCUGGACAUUGCAGAAUGCAGUGUGUGAAGGGAGUGCACAGCACCAGUGUGAGCAGGUGUCUCCCAUGUUGGAUGAGCUGGUGCAGCUGCAGCUCUACACUCCUGUGCCUCUGGACUGUUGCUGUGACUCCAGGGAAUGGUAGGGAAGAAAAUGACAACCGCGGGGUGCGAUUCAUUCCCUGGCUGAUGCCUCUCUGAGCAUGCAGUGGCACUGAGCCACCCGAGAGCAGCAGCGAUGCAGUCGAUGUGACAGUGCAAGGGCAGAUGCUCUGGACGGUAGAGGAUGCUAGAGAAGAGGUCCAAGUGACUUCCCAAGAGCUUUCUCCCGCUCUCCCGUUGAUGUGCCCUGUGUCUCCAUGUGCUGGGGAUCUGUAAAAACAGGAUCCACUGGGAAUUUUUAGCACUUUAAGGUAGGUCCUACCCUCAGGGGUACUGCUGCAGGAGAGUAUCAGACCUGCUUUUUCCACACUCUGAUGUUCAGAAGUUUAAAGGAUCAUCUGCAUCUCGAGGUCUCUUUGGAAACCCCAGCACAGUUUCCUCAAAGAAGGUUUUUUGUAAAGAGACUCCGCAGACAAAUAAACUACAACAAUGGUGGCACAUGUGCUGUUCCAGUGGAUUCUAAGAGGGCUUCUUCUGACUUUUCUGCUCAAAACUACUCUGUCCCUAAAUCCAGAUGAUCCCAAUGUUUGUAGUCACUGGGAAAGCUACGCCGUGACCGUGCAGGAAUCUUACGCUCACCCCUUUGACCAGAUCUACUACACACGAUGCACAGACAUCCUCAACUGGUUCAAGUGCACCAGGCACAGGAUCAGCUACAAGACCGCGUAUCGCAGGGGGCUGCGCACGAUGUACCGCCGGCGCUCGCAGUGCUGCCCCGGCUACUACGAGAGCGGCGACUACUGCAUACCACUGUGCACAGAGGAGUGUGUGCAUGGAAGGUGUGUCUCUCCUGACACGUGUCACUGUGAACCAGGCUGGGGAGGGACUGACUGCUCAAGUGGCUGUGACAGCGAGCACUGGGGGCCCCACUGCAGCAACCGCUGCCAGUGCCAGAACGAAGCGCUCUGCAACCCCAUCACGGGCGCCUGCGUGUGCGCCGACGGCUUCCGCGGCUGGCGCUGCGAGGAGCUCUGCGAGCCGGGCACCUACGGCAAGGGCUGCCACUUCCAGUGCCAGUGCCACCACGGCGCCACCUGCGACCACCAGACCGGCGAGUGCCACUGCGCGCCCGGAUACACCGGCGUGUUCUGCGAGGAGCUGUGUCCCCCCGGCAGCCACGGGGCGCAGUGCGAGCUGCGCUGCCCCUGCCAGAACGGCGGCGUUUGUCACCACAUCACCGGGGAGUGCUCCUGUCCUGCUGGAUGGAUGGGGCUGGUGUGUGCACAGCCUUGUCCUCCUGGAACCUUUGGAAUUAACUGCAGCCAGGACUGUCCAUGCCACAACGGAGGACACUGUGACCCUGUGACAGGAAAAUGCCUCUGUACAGCUGGCUAUAUAGGAGACAGGUGCCAGGAGGAGUGUCCCAUCGGCACCUACGGCUUCCAGUGCGCGCAGACCUGCGCCUGCCAGAACGGGGCCAAGUGCUACCACGUCAACGGGGCCUGCAUCUGUGACCCUGGCUUCAAAGGCAUCCACUGCCAGGAAAGAAUGUGUCCUGAAGGCUUCUAUGGCCUCAAAUGCAACAAGAGAUGCCCUUGCAAUAUUACCAACACCCUCAGUUGUCAUCCUCUGUCUGGGGAGUGCAGCUGCAAGGCUGGCUGGGCUGGGCUCUACUGCAACGAGACGUGUCCCGUGGGCUACUACGGCGAGGGCUGCCAGGUGCCCUGUCCCUGCCACAACGGGGCCGACUGUGACAGCAUCACUGGCAGCUGCAUCUGCGCCCCAGGCUUCAUGGGAGAUGACUGCACCAUUCCCUGCGUGGCAGGGACCUACGGAACCAAUUGCUCGUCGGUUUGUAACUGCAAGAACGAUGGCACUUGUUCCCCUGUGGAUGGGCUGUGCUACUGCAAGGAAGGGUGGCAAGGAGUGGAUUGCUCUAUUCCCUGUUCCAGUGGAAGCUGGGGUCUGAACUGUAACCAGACGUGUUCCUGCAGCAAUGGAGCGUCCUGCAGGCCAGCUGAUGGCUUCUGCCUCUGCUCCCCAGGAUGGCAGGGGGACUUCUGUGACCAGCCUUGUCCUGAUGGAACAUAUGGCCUUAAUUGCAGUGAGCGUUGUGACUGCAACCACGCGGAUGGGUGCGAUCCUGUCACCGGGUACUGCUGCUGCCUUGCAGGCUGGACAGGCAUCCACUGUGACAACAUCUGCAGCCAGGGCCGCUGGGGACCCAACUGCUCCAUCUCCUGCAGCUGUGAGAACGGGGGAUCCUGCUCCCCUGAGGAUGGAACCUGUGACUGUGCACCGGGAUACAGAGGGCCCUUGUGCCAGAGAAUUUGCCCCCCCGGGUUUUACGGCCACCACUGCAGCCAGCCGUGUCCCCAGUGCGUGCACAGCAAUGGCCCGUGCCACCACGUGUCCGGGCACUGCGACUGCCUGCCGGGCUUCUCCGGCCCCCUCUGCAACCAAGUGUGUCCCAGUGGGAAGUUUGGGAAGGACUGUGCUGAGGUGUGUCAGUGCACCGAGAACGGCACCUGCAACCCCAUCGACGGAUCGUGCCAGUGCUUCCCGGGCUGGAUAGGGAUGGACUGCUCCCAGACUUGUCCCACUGGGUUUUGGGGCCCUGAUUGCUUUCAUUCAUGCAACUGCCACAACGGAGCACUGUGCAGCCCCUACGAUGGAGAAUGUAGAUGCACCCAUGGUUGGACGGGGCUCUACUGCACUCAGCGUUGCCCAGCUGCUUUUUAUGGGAAGAACUGUGCCAAUGUGUGCCAGUGCCAGAACGGAGCCGACUGUGACCACAUCACUGGGCAGUGCACGUGCAGGACGGGAUUUACAGGCAAACAGUGUGAGCAGAAGUGCUCUCCAGGAACAUUUGGUUAUGGUUGCAAACAACUGUGUGAGUGCAUGAACAAUGCAACGUGUGACCACGUCACAGGCACUUGCUACUGCAGUCCAGGCUUCAAAGGAAUCCGAUGUGAUCAAGCGGCUCUUAUGAUGGAAGAAUUAAACCCCUAUACUAAAAUUAGCCCUGCUCUUGGAUCAGAGAGGCACUCAGUGGGAGCAAUCAUUGGAAUUAUUAUUCUCCUUCUAAUUAUUAUGGUCUUGCUGGCACUCUUUGUGUGGUAUCGACGGAAACAGAAGGAGAAGGGCCAUGACAUGCCAAGUGUAUCUUACACUCCAGCCAUGAGGAUGACUAAUACAGAUUACUCACUUUCUGCCAGCAGUUACAAGAGCUUCAUGAAUAAAUGUGUAGAAAAUGGACUGUGCUAUCAAGAUAUAUCCCAGGGUAGCAGCAGUGUUCAUUGUUUUUCCAAUCCAAGCUACCACACUCUCUCAUGUGGGGUGACUUCACGCUUCUUUCCCACUAAUCUGGAUGGAAACAGCUCCUGUAAGCUCAGUAACAAAAUCCUUGACAGAGAAACUGCAGACUGGAGACCCUACAGCUAUCUGAAUGAACUAGGUGCUUGUGGGAUGGAUAGACGUCAGAACACAUACAUAAUGGAAAAAAGCUUCAAAGAUUAUAUGAAAGAAUCUGUGUGCAGCUCCAGCACUUGUUCCCUGAACAGCAGUGAAAACCCAUACGCCACCAUUAAAGACCCCCCCAUUUUAACCUGCAAACACUCCGAGAGCAGCUACGUGGAAAUGAAAUCGCCUGGUCACAGGGAGUCCCCGUAUUCUGAAAUGCCAACUUCAUCCACAGCCAAUAAAAACAUCUACGAAGUUGAGCCCACUGUCAGCAUAGUCCAAGACGCCCGCAGUCGGAGUGCCAGCUACCUUCAGAAUCCCUACGACCUGCCUAGGAACAGUCACAUUCCUGGUCACUACGACCUGCUCCCUGUCCGGCACAGCCCCACGCACGGGCCUUCUUGGGACAAGCAGUCCUAGAGGGAUGGACUUCACUGGGCACUGUGCUGCCAACACAGACUGUGAGGAAGCAGAGGAGAAGCCAUUCCUUCCUUUCCUGCGGACUGGCAAGGACUUAACACGACAUCAGCUUGGGCCAACUGCUGCUGCAUGAUGUUAUUUAUAAAGACAUUUUUGUAUGGGUACCUGGAACUAACGAGAGCCUCCUCCACGUGGGACUGGAGCACAUCACCCCAGGAAGGUGUCUUCAUGCUCCAGGCAAAAACUCUCCGUGCGUGUUCUAACCCUGGCUUUGCUGUAAAAUAAACCACAAAAACAUGCUUAGAAGGACUUCAGGAUGUACAUUUCUACCAACUGCAUCAAGAAACCUUUUACUGUUAGGAAGAAGGUGACUAGGAAUACGCUGGAAUUUGUUUUCAUCUUUGUCAAGGGAAUGGACAUUUUUCUGAAUGAGAGCAGGGAAACUUGUCAUUUCACUGUCUGGAAAGCUCAUUUACUGCCAUCACCAUGUGCAACCUGUGCAGAUCAUGCUUGGUAAUUAGCAUUGAGAUUGUCAUCUCUAUAUUCAGUACCAGAGAAUUUGAGUUGAGGAAUAUUAACACAGACACUUUCUGUGCAGUUUUUAAUAUCUUUCCAAACAUCCCCUGAUCUUUGCUAAUGAAUGGAGUUUCCACACUGAGUCUCACACCCACUUACCACACUUUUAACGUUGAUUGGCGCAGGUAGGCUUUGAUUUUCCUUAUGCAGCUUCUCUUUUGGUAGCUAAAUCCAGCAGAUCUGUCAGGCAGUUUAAACUGCUGCCCCUCCAAUUCCUGCCCCGGGACACUGCAGGUUUGCACAGACCAGGCCUGGUUUCAUUUCCUUUCUCAAAGCUGAGCCACAUCGGCUUCUCUCUCCCAUCUUCCCAAACAUCUCCUCAUGAUUCACUGUCGGCAUGCCACUGAUGACACUUCAAUCUGAUGUGCAUUACCAUGUAGUGCAACUUUAGCCAUUGAUGAUUCUACCUGAAAUGUCAUUAAAUGGAGCUGAAACUGGGUUUUCUUUUUCAGCAGAUGUUUGUGAAGUAAUUAUCAAGGGUCUGACCUAUGGUAAAAUUUUGGACUGAGCCACCAUAAUAUUUUUUUUAAUUUAUAAUCUCUAUUGACCUAGAAAGUAGAGUACUUGCCGUUAGUUCCUUGUAGAUUUUGAGCAUGAAGUAGUAUUGACUCUAAGUAAGUAAUCUUAUUAGGCAAAUGUGGAAGUAGCAAGUUGAUUGCCUUUUAAAUAUAGAAAAUAUUCUGUUGCACAUUCACCAGUCUGAUGGAAGCAGAAGAGGACGACACCAGCCCCGUGGGUUCACUCUCAGCACGAUCCCAGGAGUGACCUGCAGGGCUCAGGACUGGCAAGAGGAGCCCUCCAGCUCGGGGGCAGCAGCUGGCUCCCAGCUCUGGGAAUACUCCUGGAGCACCGUGGUGGGAGCCAGCAGUGUCCCCACAGGUGGGCUCAGCCCUCAUGCCUGGGAUCACAGCCCCUGGCUCUGGGCAUUGUGCCCCUGGGAGCCUUUCCCCUUGGAGCCAGGAUUCUCCAGGUGGUCAGGCUGGCUCUGAACCCCCAGUCUGAGCCUGGACACCCCCAGGACACCCCCAGGCUCCUGGAGCAGGCGCUGCCCAAGCCGCAGGAUCCUGCCCGCGAGGUUUCCUGAAUGCUGCAUGUGUGCAUGGGGGCCGUGGCUGAUCAGCAAUAGCAAUUUUGUUUUCCAGGAAAGCCUUAUUUGAGAUGUGAGGAAACAAUUAUUUUGUAGGCCCAGUAGGAAUAUAUUUUGCAUACAUGAAUAGAAAGAUUUACCUCAAAAAUACCAAGAGAAAGGUGGUUGGAUAAGGAAUACUCUCAUUAAGACCCACCUUGGCACCCAGCACAAGCAGCCUGAGCUGCUGGCCUGACCCUCGUCUGUGUGUUGCUGUAGUACACAAUGAGACUCCAGAGAGCAGAGAUGUGCUCAGUUGUUUGGUUUUUUUCAAAGCAGGAUUUUGAAACCAAAUGCAAUCAUGUGCAUAGAGCUUAACAGGGAAAAAAAAAAAAAGAAAAGCAAAACCAACAAAAAAAGUACCUUCUUGUAUAUCAGCGUUAGCUUAGGAAACAGGCACCAAAAUGGCAAUACUUUUUUAAGGCAAGACAAAUUUGUAAUAUAUUUGUUCACUGUGCAAAGGUAUCCUACCUUGUACAAAAUAAAUUGAAUUUCUCUCAA